GGAAAGAAACUGCCUUGACAGGCAGUGAGAAAAUUGGUGUGGGAGGGAAUGGAAAAGAAAAUUUGUCAUUUUUGUUUGGGAGAUACUAAAUUUGCUAGAAAAGGUAAAGAACAGCAUGGGAUGUGCUUACAGACCUCAGAAGUGAGAAGCAGUGAGGCUGUGUAGGAGGUUUGGAGGAGGAAGGAGAGACAGAUCUGAAGAGCUGGGCUCAGAAGUGUUGUGGGUGGGGAGACUGUAAGAUUGACUGAGGAAAUUAAGGGAGGAGUUUGGCAGUUAGAGCAAGCAAAGAUCUUGCUCAUGCAUGGGGAAAGCUGAACAUCGACAUCAGGAUGAGACCUGGGCAUCUGGGAAGCUGGAAACCAGGAUUCGCAAACUGAUAGGGAAUUAUAUGAGAAGCCUUUUGGAGAUGAGUGACAGGAAUGACAUCCAGCAUGCCUGAAUCUCACCAUUUUGUUGCUGUCAGCAGACAAUUCUGAUGGUCUUGGGUCUCAUCCUUGCCAACCCCAGGUUUGAUCAGAAGAUAAGCUCUGCACUACUGGUUAUUCUAUCAGGAGAUUUUCCCUGCCUUCCAGUGACUGGCCCUACUGAUACUUUUCUUUACCUGUGGCUUCGAAUCUGUCACGAACACACGCAGAUUUCCAGUUUAGGAAUAUCUUCAUCUUCCUUCCUGUGAAAAUACUAUGAAUCCGAAGGCAUUAAUUUUCCUUCUCCCAAAUUUUAUUUUUGGAAUGUUUCUUUUUGGAUUUUUCUGUAGACGACAAAAAAAUGUAAUGGUUGCAGAUUCUUUUCCUGAUCCCACUGAAGAUUGGCUAACAAUUCAAAAUGAUCGCAGAAACACACUGGCUUCCAUCUGCCAGAAGAACAACCUAAUUAAAUUAAAAAGUAAAUUGGAUUCUCAGGUUGCAAGCCAGAUUUUUGUGGAGCACAAACAUAAAUUUACCUACUGUGAGGUGCCCAAAGUAGGCUGCUCUAACUGGAAGAGAACUAUUUUUAUUCUCCAAGAAGGCUUGAAUGUGGAAGCUUCUGAAAUUGAGCAUGACCAUAUUCACCAAACCUCACUGAUCAAAAGGCUGAGUGCUUACCCUCCUGCCAUACGAGAGGAAUUUCUAAACAAUUACACCAAAGUGAUGUUCACCAGACAUCCAAUGGAACGGCUGGUGUCGGCUUAUAGAGACAAGCUUCUACACUUUGAGCCAUACUAUAGUACCACUGUUGCCAAUCAGAUUAAGGCAAUGUUCAGGAAAAACAGAAAUUCCUCUGAAAAAGUGAGUUUCCAGGAGUUUGUCAGUUUCAUUACAGCGAAACCACCAAAUACUCUUGACAUUCACUGGAAACCAAUGUUUCUGCUCUGUGAUCCUUGCAACAUUCAUUAUGAUAUUCUGGGCAAGUACGAAACUCUUGGGUUAGAUUCUGUGCAAGUUCUGAAGGCAAUUGGUGCACCAGAGAGCCUGCAGUACCCCAGCUUGAAGAGAUAUGGCUCAGAGAAACGAACUAAUAGUGAUAUCACCUUGGAGUACCUCAGACAAUUGAGCUCAGAACAAAUUGAGAAGAUACAAAAACUAUAUCAGAUGGAUUUUCUCUUGUUCAACUAUACUUCGAAAUAUGAAAACUAUUUUUCUCUGUAACGUUAAUGCAGCUUAAACAGUGAAAUUUUUCAUUCAUACAAAAUGAGCUGAACUUGUCCUCAAAGGUGCUUGAUCAAUAGGUAUAUUACUGAUGAUGAGAUUUUAGUGGUGUUUAGAGACAUGGUUUUAUUCAUUGUAAGCACUCUUAUAACAGAUCUGUGCUUUGAUCUGCAGUACAGUGUUUAGCUAUAUGAUUUUUUUUUUCUUUCUGAUGAUCAUAUAGAUAUGUUUGCUUCACAAAGGCUGUUUGUAAAAGAUAGAUUUUUAGUUGGUUGGUAGAAGAAGAGAGAAGGGUGACGAAUGUUGUUUUUCACAAUUAGUAUUUUACAGAAAUUUUUUAUUAAAAUGAUAUUUUUUUAAGUAAAGGACAUAAAGCAAUAGAUAAUAUACUUUAGUGUUAAACCAUUCUGUCUAUAAAAUUCUCAAACAUGAAUCCUGUAGGAAAGAAGCAAAUAACUUCAGAUAUUUGAAGCUGUGGUACAGAGAACUUAAUACCUGAUUAUAUUCCUCUCUGGUAGUGCUCUUAUUGCAACAUACCAGCCUCUUCCAUCAAGUAGCAUCUUCAGCUACAGUCCAGCAGGUCUUCCCUUAUGUGUCUUCAGAUUCUUUUUACCACUUCUGUGGAUAUGAUGAUCUGUGCUAAGAGGAAAAUCUAAAAAAUAUCUUCCUUAGAGAAGAAAUUAGGGGUACUUUCUAGACUGUACAAUGGAGGUGGUGCGGGAUCUGAAGUUGUAGUGGAAAUGUGGCUCUGACCUAUUCUUCAAAAGUACUUAGCAACCAACUAAUCAGCCAGUCAACAUAGGGGAGACACUGUUCAGGUUUUUCACAUCUGUAGCUGCUGGAGAUCAUGAGCCUUGGACACUUACCUGAGUAUGGUACUUAGGUGAAGGUAAUAUAUAACAGGCUCUACCUGUUGCUUUCUCACCUCACAGAAAGAUGAAUGCAAAUUAACUGCAGAGUUAUGGUGAGGGAAACAAUGAAGAGUGUGUGAGAAGCCAUUUAAAACAUAAUCCAUCUCUUCCACACUUAGGUGGCUUUGGUUUUAGACCAGGGAGAUCUGUUAAGUACUUUUGUCCUAUUUUUUGGAAACCUAGUCUCACUGAAAAUUACUUGCUAUCAUGUCAAUUGUAACUAUUUUCAGAAAAUUUCCAUUAAUUUCACCUUUAGGCGAUGCUGAUUUCAGGAGCAAACUUAACUGCAUUUGACAGUGGGAUUUAAGAGAUUUUAUUUCCUACCAUCUGUAUCUGCAAAUAAACAAAGACUGACCAGGCUAGUCCUUGAUCCAGUGAUAGCUCACAGCUUAUUACACAGAGAAGGACAAGAUAAUUUAAUUGCACUGGAGCCUACUCACUGUAUAGCCAUUCCUGACAACAGAGUGGCCUAGAGAUAGUAAAAAGGAGAUUGGAAAAAGUGGACGAUCUGAUGAAAUUUGAGUCAUGAGAACUGUGGGGAGAGCUCCUUGAGUAGUCAGUGGGAUUUAGGGCUGGUCUACUCCGAAGAGAAGUUCAAGUGAUAUAUUGGUCAUCAGCUGGAGACAGUGAGACCAUGGAAAGAGGUAGAGGCAGAAGAAGAAGGUAUGUGCAGCCCUUCUCAAUAGCUGAUUGUACACAAAGCCAGGAUUGUCGUUCAGUAUGUCUGGCAGUUCUUGAAUGGAUAACUAUUUCAUAAAUUGGAUAGCUUUGGCAAAGAAAGGAUCCAAAGCAAGAAGUCUAAGCAAACUCAGCAAAACAACUUUAAAAAAUUAAAAUCUUGUAUUUCUCUUCCCAAUGAUUCAUGGCUCUGAAUCACCAUGUUUAGUAUCCCUACAGUCCUAUUAUCCGCCAACAUUCAUGCCUCUCUGAACAGCCUGUAGUUUGUAAGGUUUUUAAAUUAUUUUAUUUGUUCUGAGGCAGAGGAAGCUGAAAAAGAUUCCCAAUGAAGUUCAGUCUGCACAAAAGGAUGUGGCCUUUAUCUUUCCUGAAUCAGAUUUAGUGCCAUCUCCAGCUAUAUACUACUCUUAUCUUUUGUCAAAUCGUGAAGAGAAAAAAGAGGGAAAAUAAGAUUUGCUUGGUAACUUUCUUCUGCAUGAUAAUUCCUUCCAGAGCUGUAAGCUUCAGCACAGGUACUUCAAUUUUUUGCCACCACCAGCCAGUCUAGGAAAUGUCUGAAGAAAUGAUACUGAUGAAGGUAUCUGCUUGUCAGUACUUUAGUGUUAACAUUCCUCACCAACAGUUUCUUGCUGUUAUGCAUGGGUGGCUUUCUAUUCUUACUUCUUCUUUCUCAUAGGAUCACAUAUAUAUUCUUCCUACAGUGGUGACAGAAAAUGGAUGGGUAAUUCAUUUGUCACCAAAUGCUAGUCAGUAACUGGGGGCUACUGAUGCAGAAAAACCUCUGUAGCUAUUCAUGACAGACUUUCAGACUUCUAGCAUUUACCUAUAUGCAAACUGUAUGCAGUAAAUUUCCAGGAACGACUUGCUGCUGUAAUUAUGUCCAGCUGAUGUAGAUCUCAACAACAAUCAUGGAGGAUGUAAGUGUGCACAUACAACUUCAGAUGUUCUAGAAGGAAGUAAUGUACAAGAACAGUUGCAUAUCAACACUAACAAAAGGAGGAUGAUAGUUGAACUGCUGGAAAAAAAAAAAAAGGCCAUUACCUUGUAAAAGCUGUUAUAACAUUCUCCUGCAGGUCUCUGUCCAUGCUCAAUCCAGCUCACUACAAUUCUAUCUCUCAGCUUGCAGAUAAUCCACACAUCAUCUCCCUUCCAAGAGCUGCUGUUCAGUGAGGCAGGAGCACACGAGAUCUGCAAUAUUUCAGAGUUAUUGAAAACGAUGGUGACUUGUUUUAUGCUGUCAGUGGAGACCAUGCCACUUGGUUCAUUCCCCUGGUGACUCGUAGGGCUCAUUUCACUAAAUAGCCUUUUAAGUUCUCCAAUUAAAGGACUUACCAUUAUUUCAUUCUUUGUACUGCAAUAUAAUAAAACUUAGGGCUCUCGACCUAAUCCUAAUUAGCCUGAAAGAACUUCAAGACACCUAUACGCUUAAUGAUGAAAAGGAGAAGACAAUUACCUCUUGAUGACCUGGUAGAGAAAUUUCUUGCACUCUCCUCCCUACAGCUGUACUAUCCAGAAUAGAGGCUCCUGGCUGAACUGGCUCCCACCUAUGUUUGCAGGAGAAGAAUGUCUGGGGAACUUAAUUCAUUUCAGCUCUAACUCUGGGUGUGGGUUUCCUGGGGGAAAGUUCGGUACUUGCAGGUGGGACAGGGAUGGAGGCAGCAUGGAGGGGAGAGGGGCUCAGGUCUCAGAGUAGAUUAGAAGGGGUAGAGGAUUGCUAUAAUUGAUCUUCUGAUUUAUCAUUAUAUUUGUCCAUGAUAUAACUGUUGCUAUGCUUUAUACCUAAUUACUGUAAUAAAUGGUAGUGAGUUAAUACAUUAA